GCUUCUGCUCUUCAAAGUUUCCUCUCUUUGUCUUCAUAUAUUACCUAUUUUCUCUCCCCUAAUCAGGUCUCCAUCGAGACUUUUCUGUAUCUUUCUCCCUCAAAACUUAUAUUUACCAUUUUUUCAGGUGGACAGACCAAAGCAGGGAAACAUUUUAUUAGGGUUUGUCCUUACAUGAAUUAUUAAGAGCUGACUUAGGGGUUCCUGAUUAAAGUCAUCCUAUAUAUAAACCAUGGAGAAAGAAGAAAACUACUCGAUGAACUUCACAGGCCUUGCGGACUAUUCUCUAGAUCAUCAUCAACAGCAGGAUCUCAUGAAGUCACGGAUUAUUGGUGAAAGUUCAGGAGAUAAUAAUACUGGAAUGAUUGAUUACAUGUUGAAUAAUCCUCAACAUCAGCAGCAGCAAAUUUCUUUUGACAAGCUAAGCUUCGCUGAUGUUAUGCAGUUUGCCGACUUUGGUCCAAAGUUAGCACUGAACCAGAUGAAGAUUCCUGAAGAAGAUCAAACUGGGAUAGAUCCUGGUUACUUCCUUAGGUUUCCCGUCUUGAACGACAAGUUAGAGGAUCAGCCACUUAUGAUUAAUCAUCCAUCCGGUCUUGACGUGGAAGAGGGAAAGGGGAACAGAGAAGAUGAAGAAGCUAGGGUUUCAGAGAACACAUCGGUGCAGCUUCGUUUUCUUGGAGAUGAUGUGCAAAACAAGAACCCUAUGCCAGAUCAAACCAAGAACAAGAGAAAGAGACCAAGAACAAUCAAGACGAGCGAAGAAGUGGAGAGCCAGAGGAUGACUCAUAUAGCCGUUGAAAGAAACCGAAGGAAGCAGAUGAAUGAGCAUCUUCGAGUCUUGAGGUCCCUCAUGCCAGGCUCCUACGUCCAAAGGGGAGAUCAAGCUUCAAUCAUCGGAGGAGCAAUAGAGUUUGUGAGAGAGCUGGAGCAGCUGCUUCAAUGCCUUGAAUCUCAAAAGCGGAGGAGACUCUUCGGAGAAGGUCCGAGGCAGAUAGGAGAUUCUUCCAUGGCGAUUCAACAGCCACCGCAGCCACCAUUUUUUCCUGCCAUGCCUAUCCAGAAUGAUCAGAUGAAGUUGGUGGAGUUUGAAACCGGACUCCGCGAAGAAACUGCGGAGAACAAAUCUUGCUUGGCGGAUGUGGAAGUGAAGCUUCUAGGCUUUGACGCCAUGAUUAAGAUCCUGUCGAGGAGAAGACCGGGCCAACUAAUUAAGGCCAUAGCAGCUCUAGAAGAUUUGCAACUCACUAUCCUACAUACCAACAUCACCACCAUUGAACAAACUGUUCUAUAUUCCUUUAAUGUCAAGGUCGCAAGUGAAUCUAGGUUCACUGCAGAAGAUAUAGCGGGCUCGGUUCAACAAAUCUUCAGUUUCAUUCAUGCAAGCAGUAGCAUGUGAUGUAUCUCUGUUAUGAAAAGGGAGCUGCAGCGCACUCUCUGGCUGGUCAAGAUAAUACCCAUUUGAAUUUUUUCCUGUACUUUUUGUUCAUCUCUAUUUUGCCGUACAAUACUCUAAUAUAUAUAGUUCUUAUAA